AUGAGUUAUGUAGGUAAAGGAACUUUUGAUUCAUCAACCUUCGGGAAAUCUUUAUCAUUAAAAGUUGACGGUGGGUUCAAUGCAAUAUCUAUAAACCCAUCCGGUAGAGACGUUGUUCUAGCUAGUAGAAGGGGUCUCUAUAUUAUUGAUCUGGAUGAUCCAUUCUCUCCACCUAGAUGGUUACAACAUAUAACACCAUGGCAAGUUGCAGAUGUACAAUGGUCCCCACAUCCAGCUAAACCGUACUGGGUUGUAUCCACAUCGAAUCAAAAGGCAUUGAUAUGGAAUUUAGCUAAAUCAUCAUCUGAUGCCAUCGAACAUGUCCUUCAUGGUCAUUCGAGAGCAAUUACUGAUAUUAAUUUCAAUCCUGAGAAUCCAGAUAUAUUAGCAACAUGUUCCAUCGAUACAUAUGUUCACGCGUGGGAUAUGAGAAGUCCUCAUAAACCAUUCUACUCUACAAGUGCUUGGAGAUCAAGUGCUUCACAAGUGAAAUGGAAUUUUAAAGAUAGUAAUAUAUUAGCAUCUUCCCAUGGUAAUGAUGUUUUCAUAUGGGAUCUAAGGAAUGGUUCCACUCCAUUAUGCCAAUUAGUUGGACAUGAAAGUAGCGUCAACAGUAUAGAUUUUAGCCGAUUUAAAUCUACAGAAAUAAUGUCAAGUUCAAAUGAUGGUACUGUGAAAUUUUGGGAUUAUUCGGUAAAUAAUGAAGAUUUAACAAGAACUGUUACUACAGAUUUUCCAAUUUGGAGAGGUCGUUAUUUACCAUUCGGUAAUGGUUACUGUAUUAUGCCACAAGUCGGGGGGAAUAACUCUGUAUACAUGAUGAACCUUAAAAGUGAAGAACCCGACACAAAGACUGCAAAACUACAACCUAUAUAUGCAUUCAAGGGACACACAGAUAGAAUAAUUGAUUUCCUUUGGAGGUCCAGGUACUCUGAAGAUGAUAGAGAAUUCCAAUUGGUUACUUGGUCUGAGGAUUGUGAUUUGCGCUUAUGGCCGAUAUCUGAAAGUAUCUACCAGGCUGUGGGUUUCAAUAGAGAAAAAGAGGUAGAAGGAAAAACGAUAGACUACGACUACAUGACGUACAAUCAUGAGCCAUCCAAACCAAGAACUAAUCAGAGUAAUACAUACAAAAAAAUUAAGGAAAAUUUUGUCACAAAGUCUGGUUUGAAGGAUAUCAAUAAUAUAAAUCAUAUUACAUGGCUAUCUGGUGUACGAAUAAAUGAAUCCGAUUCACCCGAAGAUUUUUUCAAAGAAAGAAAACUUCAAAAUUUAGGUGAAGAGGUCAGUUCAGUUGGUCAUAAAUUUCCUAAAGUAUUAUUUGAGAAGAUUUCAGUUUCUACAGGUGAAUUGGCAUUUACACUUAGUGGACCCUGGUCAAAAAGUAAUCCCGAUAGCUAUGUUUUCUUACGUAUCAGCGUAAAAUUUCCACCAAACUACCCUAAUAAAGGAUAUUCCCCAUUAUUCAGCAUUGAAGAGAAUAAAGACUUAUCUAAAGAGCAGAGACAUGACAUUUUGCUCUACUUAAAGGAAAUAGGAACCAAAUAUACGGACGCUGGCCUACAUUGCUUAGAACCUUCUAUAAGAUAUUUACUCGGUGAGAGUAUCAGCUUAGACGAAAUAGGACUAGAUGAAGAGCAGUUGCUCAAUUUUGAUAUAGCAGAUCAUAUCGAUUUUGAUGAUAUCUCCUCUAUAGGGAGUUCUGACGAUAACUCUGAAUUACUUACAGACACCUCCUCUGAAUAUCAGCCUGAAGUAUAUGAUGAUACCUUCGAUAGAGGUAAAAACACUUUUGGUAGGAACCUUGCUUUAGAUACUACACCAAUUCCAAAUGAAUGUGGUGCAAUUUGGACUUCAGCUGGUAAAUUAUUAUGUUUUUUCCCAGUAACUAAGAAGAGUGCUCAUAAAGAGCAUAAUAUUUUAAAACUGUCAAAAAAAAGUAUUUCAAAAGUGUAUGGCCGAAAUGAAACACAUAAAGUAAUCGAUUCGGAUGAAUAUGAUAGCGGUACCUCUACGAGUACUAGGCCGAAGCGGUAUGUAGAAACGUUGACCGAUGAUAGAGGUGAAGAUGAUGAUUAUGAAAAUGAUAAAGCUUCAAAUGAUGGUUCUCUAGCGAUAUCUAUGGGCAGUUUCGACAGUUUUGCUGAUGAUUGGGAUGACAUAAUGGGUAAUGAUAUCGUAGAUCGUAACAGAAUACCUGCAUUACAUGGGAAUUUUGUCAGAACCUUUGGAUCUGCCCCAUCAGCAUCCAUAAGAACAGAUGGUUCAUUAAAGAAAAAUAAAAAUAUAAUCUUUUCAGUUGAUUUUAGUUACUUAAUACCUGAUAAACUUGAAUUAGCUUUGGGUUAUCAAUUCUUACAUUUUAAAGCACAAGACAUGGCAAAGUAUAAUGCCCUUGUUGCUGAAGAGCAAGGUUAUGAUGAAUUGAGUCAUUGUUGGCAGAUAUUUUCAGAUUUAUUGAUGAACCAAAAUGAUGAUAAAAUUUAUAAUAUGUUGUGGGACAAUCAUCCAAUGAGCCUAAAAUGGUUUGUUAAACAAGCAAUGUCCUAUUUUGAACAAGAGAAUAAUGUCCAAAUGUUAGCUAUGCUCUGUUGCGUUUUAGCAUCCUUAACGAUAUCUUUUAUGGAAAAAAUUGACAAUACCACGGAUGAAUUACAAGUGAAUUCAAACAUCGAGAAUGUUUUAACAUUUGUAGAUGGUAAUCACUCUCAACCAAAUUGGCACGUUAACCGUUCAAGAAGCUCUGCAAGUCAAACUGGAACACCAUUUUCUUUAGACCUUUUACGAAUACGUUCCCAUACUGACUAUUUUACUGAUGGAAGAUCUAUAGCUUCUGAAGAUUAUUUCAGUAGCUCCGAACAAGGAAGUGAGAGAGCAUCAUUUCAAGUAAGAUCCCCCGGCUCCAUCAAUAAGGUAUAUGGUAAAGGUCAUCUUAAUCAAACUCAUAAACUACCAGAGAUACAGGUUGAAUUAGUGAGCGAUGAAAUACUCGACACGAUUAAUGAACCUAGUCGAUUGUUUUUCGAUCCUGAGGAUGUUCCGAAGUUUGAAACGUAUAUUUAUCAGUAUUCUCAAUUAUUAUAUAGAUGGGGGUUGCUCUUGGAGAGGGCCAAAAUUUUAAAAUUGGGUUCGAAUUUGGCUUCAAUGACAGGUAAUAAUGCAAAUAUAUUAUCUGAAGGAUAUAUAUCUGGAGGAAUAAAGGCACGAUGGAUUGAACAUGGUACAUCAGGAAAGGUGCUUUCACAUAAUUGUACUUAUUGUAAUUUGAAGAUUACUAGAAAUGUUUUGGUUUGUGGUAAUUGUCAACAUGUUUUACAUAAGACCUGCGCUAAGGAAUGGUGGGCUCUUGGCGAUGAAUGCCCUUCUGGCUGUGGUUGUAAUUGUAUUGAAUUAUUUGAUGUUCGUUAG